CUGCUUCUUCUUCUCCAAUUAUCCCUUUUCAAAUUCCUUUUGGGUUUUAUUUGGUUGAUUUCUGCGUUUGUUUUUUCACCUUGAAGCAAACGUAUUCCUUAUUGCGAUUUCCCAUUGGGUUUUUGAAGUUUCGUGUUACUCAGACCAAUUUCGAUUAGGGCUUUUUUUUUUUUUUUUUUGGUUGUUUGUUGAAAGUGCUUCAAAUUGGGGAUUUUAAUGUGAUUGCGAUGAUGAUGAAUCAAGGAGAAACCGCGGAUUCCAUUUCUUCGCUUGAGAAGCAGCAGAAAAACGAAUCUCACCAAGUUCAUGCGACUUCUUAUUUCUCUCCGAGCUGUGCUGUUGCAUCAUGGAACACACAAAUGGAGAAUAAUAGCUUGAGGGAGAACGGAGUUCUUUCUAAUACUGGCUACAAUCAUGAUAAGUUACCAGAGUCAACCUUGAAAAACGUUCAAGAUGGACAACCUUUGGCGCCUAUUGUCUCCACAUCAAGUUCAGGACCUGCAGAUGUAGCACAAGGUUAUAGUGGUUAUGCUGGUUACCCAAAUACUGAUCCCUAUGGAUACAAUAGCACGGAUUAUACAGCUUACUACAGUCAGUAUCAACAACAACCCGCUCAGUAUCAACAGCAGCAACAAUCCAGUCAAUAUCAACAACAACCUGAUCAGUAUCAACAGCAGCAACAACCCGUUCAGUAUCAACAGCCGCAGCAACAGCCCGUUCAGUAUCAACAGCAGCAGCAGCAGCAGCAACCAGUUCAGUAUCAACAGCCACAGCAGCAACCCAGUCAGUAUCAACAGCCCCAACAAUCGGGUCAGUAUCAACAGCCACAACAAUCUGGUCAGUAUCAACAGCCACAGCAAUCGAGUCAGUAUCAACAGCCCCAGCAAUCCAGUCAGUAUCAACAGUCCCAGCAAUCCAGUCAGUAUCAACAGCCCCAGCAAUCCGGUCAAUAUCAACAGCCACAGCAAUCCAGUCAGUAUCAACAACCCCAACAAUCCAGUCAGUAUCAACAGCAGCCCCAGCAAUCCACUCAGUCUUAUCCUCAUCAAGUCGGAGCUUAUCAAAACACAGGUGCUCCUUAUCAGCCUCUUUCCUCAUUUCAAAAUACAGGGUCUUAUGCUGGGCCUGCAAGUUACUCAAGCACUUAUUACAAUCCUGGUGAUUAUCAGACGUCCGGAAGUUACACAAGUGGAACCUAUGGCACUGAGACCAACUUGUGGCAAGGAGGGCAAUAUGCAACAUACAGUUCCAAUCAGUAUCCAAAUUACACUCAGGACUCAAGUUCAGCCUAUGGUUCUACACCUGCUGUUGCAACUUCACAAUAUCAGCAGCAUUAUAAACAAUGGGAGGAUUAUUACAAUCAAACUCAAACAGAAGUUAGCUGUGCUCCUGGGACCGAGAAUGUAUCUGCCUCCAUUGCAUCUAGCGUGAAUAGUUCUGUCCCUAUUGCAUCUAACGUGAAUAGUUCUGUUCCCAGUGGAAGCACUGGAUAUACAGCUCCAAUCAACCAGGUGUCUACUGCUUAUACCCCUUUGUGGAGGCCAACAUCUAGUUCAUCUGAACUAACUGCUGUGCAGCCUGUUGCUGUAAGUGGUAGUACCCCUGAAGCUUAUUGGACACAUGGGACUUCUGCUUCCCAACAUGACCUGCCCAACUCUAUACAGUCACAUGUUCCAAAGCCACCAGAAAUAAUGCCUGCGUAUGAUAGUUCUCAAAAUCAACAGAACUCUACAUUUUCGCAAGGUUCUUCUGUUCUUUACCCAGCUUCUUACCAGGUUUCUCAGGGUCCAUAUGAAAGUUCUCAAAAUCAACAGAACUCUACAUUUUCCCAAGGUUCUUCUGUUCUUUACCCAGCUUCUUACCAGGUUUCUCAGGGUCAGCAAUCAUCCUUCCAAACUGUUUCACAACCUCCCGAACCUCUAGAUCCUCGAAAGGCAAACAAACUACAAAUUCCAACUAAUCCAAGAAUUGCUUCAAACUUGUCCUUGGGUCUCUUGAAAACCGAAAAAGAUAGCUCCAUGACUAGUACUACUAUAAAGCCAUCUUAUGUCAGUGUUCUUAUGCAGAAACCAAAUGAAAAAGCUAUGUCACAUGAGGAAGCUGAUUCCGUGCUCAAGCCUGGUGCAUUUCCAAAGUCAUUGCGUGGUUAUGUUGAGAGGGCAUUGGCUCGUUGCAAAAAUGAUAGGCAAAAGACGGCAUGCCAAGCUACCAUGAAGGAGGUAAUAACCAAAGCGACUGCGGAUGGUACACUUUACACAAGAGAUUGGGACAUUGAGCCCCUGUUCCCCAUGCCGAACAUCGAUGCAAUUAGCGAAGAUGAUUCUGAGUUUCCAUUAUUAACAUCUGCAAUGCCAAAGAGUAAGAGUCCUAAUCGGCGAGCCAAAAGUAGGUGGGGGCCAGUUCCAGAGGAAAAAAUGGUUGACAAAUCUGCGAAUAAUUCUUAUGGAAAUGUCAAAUAUGGUGGUUGGAACAAGAAACAGUUUUCAGGUGGAGGGACAGAGAAAAGGGAGAGUUUGGGCGCUAAAUCUUCUUUUACAUAUCAUAGAAAUUCUGCGAAAAAUAUUGGCAGACCUGUUAAGAGGCAGCGUCUUGGUGAUGAUCUGAAUGCAGCUGAUGCUGGUGAAAGUUCUAGCGAUAGUGACAAGGAGCAAAGUUUGGCCAAAUAUUAUUCUGCUGCAACUGCCAUUGCUGAUUCACCAGAAGAGAAGAAAAGACGUGAAAAUCGUUCUAAACGUUUUGACAAGGGACAUGGAAACCGAGCAGAAAAAAAUAACGUUAGAGCAAAAGGUGUGGGAGCCGGUAACUUGUAUGUAAGACGGGCUAGUGCCUUAGUGCAUAGCAGAACCGUUGAGGAAAGUGGUAGCAGGGCUGUCGAAGAUAUUGAUUGGAAUGCUCUUACCGUCAAGGGAACCUGUCAGGAAAUUGAGAAACGCUACUUGCGCCUUACUUCUGCCCCUGAUCCUGCCACGGUGAGGCCCGAAGAGGUGUUGGAAAAAGCUCUGCUAAUGGUUCAAAAUUCUCCAAAAAAUUACCUUUACAAAUGUGAUCAGAUAAAGUCAAUACGUCAAGAUCUUACUGUACAACAUAUACGUAAUGAGCUUACAGUUAAGGUAUAUGAAACUCAUGGCAGAUUGGCUAUAGAAGUUGGUGACUUGCCAGAGUAUAACCAGUGCCAAUCACAACUACAAACUCUCUAUGCUGAGGGAAUUACGGGAUGCCAUAUGGAAUUUGCCGCAUACAAUUUACUCUGUGUAAUAUUGCAUUCAAAUAAUAACAGGGACCUUGUUUCAGCAAUGUCCAGAUUACCAGCUAAUGCUAAAAUGGACAUAGCGGUAAAGCAUGCUCUUUCAGUUCGUAGAGCUGUGACAUCUGGAAAUUAUGUGAUGUUUUUCAGACUUUACAAAACGGCUCCUAAUCUUAACACCUUUCUUAUGGAUCUAUACGUGGAAAAAAUGCGAUAUGCAGCUGUAAAGUGCAUGUCUCGUUCAUACCGUCCUACAGUUCCUGUGGGAUAUCUUUCCCAAAUAUUAGGCUUCACUAAUACAUUGCCAACAAGUGAAGCAAACGACGAGAAUGAAGGAGAUGGAAUGGAAGAUUGUAUGGAAUGGUUAAAAGCUCAUGGUGCAUGCGUAACUACAGAGAGUUCUGAGGAGAUAUCACUUGAUACAAAGGCUUCUGUAUCGAGUCUCUAUAUGCCUGAGCCUGAAGAUGCUGUGUCACACGGAGAUGCAAGUCUCGCAGUUAAUGAUUUUUUGACUCGAAGUUUAGCUUAGGUCCGUUAGCCAAUCGAGAUUUCAUAUUGCCCGUUACUAAACCGACGAUGGAGCUGUUGGGAUAAUUAAAAGACAGCUUCACUCGUAUAUCUAAAUUCAAAUGGAAAAUGACAGCUCCUGAAAGUUGGGUUUGAGUUAAUGAGAUGUUCAACCGGUACCACAUGGGAAAACCGCAAAAGACAGUCUGAUUCAAAAACGGCAUAGAGAAGAAUUACGGCUGAUAUUUACGAUGAUUAUUGAUUUCAUUGUAUCUAACAUAAUCAUCAUUCUUUUGAAUAUAAACAUUUUCAUUUACUGUGAUAAGAGAAAAAUACAGUUUUGUUGUUGUAUUUUAAACUGUAUAUUGUGUUGCGAGUAUAAGAAGAUAGAUGUUUGUUUGUUCGCUCUACCUUACGUGAAGUAGUUUUGUAGUGCUGCAACAUUUUCCUUUAUGUUAAUUUUUGUUGUGAUUA